GAGAAUGAGCGAAAGAGAAGGGAGGGGGAGAGAGAGAAAAGAAUCCGCGAGACUUGCGUCAGCGCGAUCCGACACGGGUUUGUUGCGCGAAUCACCUCGAUACACCUCGACCACACGAUACGCAAAUCGACACCGAUUUCGCUGAAUUCGUAAAUAUCAGCGUUGUGUGAGAACGAGCCUUAUGUUUACGAUUUACGAUGCGUCGACGCGACGAGUGACGUAGAAUCUCCCUCGGGGGAUUUUUUUUUUUUCCUUCUCCCUCUUAGCCGCGCCUGUGUUUUCCGUUUAAAAGCCCCAGAGAUUCGCGAUCUUCCGCUUACGCACGUACGUGUAUAUCGAUUUACGCGCGAGUGUCGUCUCGCGUUCGCGCGAGUCGCACGCGCUUUCUUUCUCUCUUUCCCCUUUGUCCUCCUCUUCCUCCCCCCUCUCCCUCUUCGCCCCUCCUCUCAUUCCUCCCUCCCCCCCGUAUACCCCUCCUCCACGAGCAUCCUCGUGAAAUUACGCGAUCGCGAUGAUUCCUGCUCGUCGAACGUCGUGACGGAUGGCGACGCGGAAACACGUCACAUUUCGUCGUCCUUCGUCACGGAAAUAAUCCUCUGUACUUGCGCGCAAAUUGUACCACCAGCAGGUUGACGUAUGAAUGGUGUCGGGGUCACUGCAGGGACGCACGCCACGUACGUGAAUCCGCUUGACAAGAUGUCAACGACCACCGAUGUCAGCGACUUGGCGGUGGAUCUCCCCAAGGAGGGGACGCCGAUCUUCCUGCAGACCCGUGCAGCCUGGGCCAUCGCCGGAGUGUUUAUGGCUGUUGCGCUUUUCUUCACUUGCCAACAGAUCUAUCAGCAUCUGAGGUGGUACACGAAUCCCACGGAGCAGAGAUGGAUAGUGCGAAUUUUGUUUAUCGUGCCCAUUUACGCCAUCUACUCCUGGAUCUCACUGUUGUUCUUCAAUAGCGAGAGCUACUAUGUUUACUUCUUCACGGUGCGGGACUGUUACGAGGCAUUUGUUAUAUAUAAUUUCCUGUCGCUAUGCUACGAGUACCUAGGCGGUGAGGGCAACAUCAUGUCCGAAAUCAGGGGCAAGCCGAUACGUUCCAGUUGCCUGUAUGGCACCUGUUGCCUGGUUGGAAAAACUUACACCAUCGGAUUUCUAAGAUUCUGCAAGCAAGCCACUUUACAGUUCUGCUUGGUUAAACCAGUGAUGGCGUUUGUCAUCAUAUUUCUGCAAGCCUUCGGCCAUUACAGAGACGGAGAUUGGUCACCCGACGGUGGCUACAUUUACAUUACGAUAAUUUACAACAUCAGUGUAUCGCUUGCACUUUAUGGGCUGUUUUUAUUCUACUUUGCUACGAGAGACCUGCUGACGCCGUUUGAGCCUGUGCUCAAAUUUUGUACAGUCAAGAGCGUCAUCUUUUUAUCAUUCUGGCAAGGAGUAUUGUUAGCUAUCUUGGAGAAAGCAAAUGUCAUUUCACCCGUUAUAAACAGUCUGGGUCAAUCAACGAGUGCUGGUACAGUCUCCGCCGGUUACCAAAAUUUCCUCAUUUGUAUCGAGAUGUUAUUCGCUGCUAUAGCUUUACGUUACGCGUUUCCGUAUCAAGUAUACGCAGCUGGAUGUGUUACUGAUUCCAGGGGUAGAAGUGUGACAAUGCAAAGUAUUAGUAGCAGUUUGAAAGAAACGAUGAAUCCAAAAGACAUUAUGACCGAUGCCAUCCAUAAUUUCCAUCCACAAUAUCAGCAGUAUACUCAAUAUAGCGCAGACGUUAGUACCAACUUGCCGUACGAAAAGAUAUGACAGUGAGGCAUCACUUUUUUAAUUUCAAGAAAUUGGACAUCGAGCUUUAUGCGCGACUUUAAAUGAAGAUCGAAAAGAAAGAUACUUCAUACAGCACUAUACUUUGCUUACGGAAUUAUACAAUGCCUUAGAGAUCGGUAUCUGUCCACAAAGGGUCAAUUUCUCGAAAAUGAUUUCUACGCUGAAAUUACAGAAUAAGGGUUGUACUUAAUAUACCAUCGAUAUAUACGUAUUAUAUGCAUAUAAGAUCAUCUAUUUUGCGAUUAACAAACUCUGCUGUAAAAUAGAAGUUAAGCAUUUAACAUAAGAGGAGCAUUUAGGAAAGAGAAAGAAAAAAAAACGGGGAGAGGGAGAGAAUAGCGUACUUCUAUAGUGUUGCUCUAUAAUGAAUGUAAAGAUGAUUAGGGGUACAGUUUACUUAACACUAUAAACGCUUUGAAGCAUCUGAUUGAUCAAUCACAAAGAAAAAUUUCAUUAAUUGAUUAAUUAGAAAAUUUUUUCAAAGCUUUUGUAGCAUCAAGUGGACCGGAUCCUAAGCAUUAGUGUAAUGUUUUUUUGUUUUUUUUUUAAUAACAUAUAACUCAACUUAAUUUUAUUGCUUUUAUUUUUAUAUUCCUCUCACAUGGUACCAUGUAGCAUGCGAAUAUACGGCCGAGCAUGUAAAGCACAUCAUAUAUCCUUUUUCCCAAAGGUAUAGCAUACAUUGACAAUGGUAAAAUUAUCACAAUCCUAGCUGCUUGCGAUUAUUUUCUUAUAUUAAUAAUAAUUUGCAUGAAUUAUUUGUAUUGCGAUAUUAUCGCAUUAAUAUAUUUUUUUCUUUUGCACCUUUAUGUGUAUACGUAAGAAUUCGAACUUUGUUGCUCUGAUCAAAUCUCUUGUAUAGCUCGAAAUGCAUUAUCAAUGGUUUUCGUGCAGAGUUCGAAAUUACCAAAAUUACACCGAGUUUAAAUACUGGGGGACAAAUUUCGAUAGGAAUUUAGUAGGUCUUUUAAAUAAACGAUUCUCUCUAUAAUAUAAGAAAUUGAAUUUGCCAGAUAUAUAUUCAGUUUCGAGCCUUGAUUUGUGAAUGCAGUUCCAGAGCAAGAACGUUCGAGAUGUAAAUGUGACAUUUUGGAGAGGAUUGGUACAACGUUGGUGUAUUCGGUCAUAUAAUUUCACGAUUGUGAAAUUAAUAUAAAGGCGUUGAAUUAAUAUUUAAAAAAAUUAAUAUAAAGAAAUCGAUUGGUCAAUUUUGGCGCAUUUAUUGUCCAACGGACACGCGUAUCUGGUGUUUGCUCACUGUAAUGUGUAACAAUGAUGUAACAAUUAGGGGGCCCAAAAGGACAACGUGGUAUGCGAGUAUCCAGCUUCGAUCCGGAUGAUCCGCAAAACAUGCCGGUACCACCACCUCA